CCUCUACUUCUCCACAGUUUCGUCUUCUUCAUAAAUACAUAAACCCUAGUCAGUUUUAAUCAUCGAAACAGGGAUCCAUCCAUAAAUUAUUCCAUAACGAUGGAACCAACUCAAAAUGAUUUAGAACGACUCAUGAUCUUUGAACAUGCUCGUAUCACCGCAGAAGCUGCAUACGCCAAGAACCCUAACGAUGUCGAUAAUUUGACAAAAUGGGGUGGAGUGCUACUGGAAUUAUCCCAAUUUGGAGACAUCAACGAAUCAAAGAAGAUGAUCAAAGAUGCUGUUUCAAAGCUGGAUGAAGCUCUAUCCAUCAAUCCUGCAAAACAUGAGGCUCUAUGGUGCUUAGGAAAUGCCUACACCACUCAAGGAUUUCUAACCCCUGAUCAUGAUGAAGCUCAGAUUCAAUUCGAUCUUGCAGCUGAAUUCUUCCAAAAGGCAGUAGACGAGUGUCCAGGAAAUGAACAUUAUCUUCAAUCUUUGGCAAACUCUUCUAAGGCAUCUGAUCUGCACAAUGAGAUCCACAAACAAGGAGGAUUUAGUCAAUCUCAACAGUCUUUGGGUGGAGGAUCUACAUCUACUACUACUACCACUACAUUUUCAAAUUCAAAGAAAUCCUCAAAGAAGAAGAGCAGUGAUUUAAAGUAUGAUAUAUUUGGGUGGAUAUUCCUUGCAGUUGGGGUUGUUACAUUGAUUGGAAUGGCCAAAUCUAACGUGCCAAAAUAAGAUUUUUUUUUUUUUUUUUUUGGGUCCCAUGGACGC